AGCCGCCUUGGCACAGGCCGCCCUGGCUCAAAGUGGCCUCUUGUUUUUUUUAGCGGCCCGAGCUCGUCACCUUGUCUUGCCCUGCGAGGGGCGCAGGUCAUGGACGUCGUCAGGGGGAUCCUCCUGGAGCAGAUAAGGUUGCGGCUGCAGUCUCACGCCCAGGUGGAAAGUUUCGUGAUGAAAGUCGUGUGCGUGAUCUUGGCGGAAGGGUUGUCAAACACAUUCUACCGCGGCAUGACCGCAAUCAUAGCAGGGGAUGGCACGAUGACGGACCUCCAGGCACUGAUUGCACGGUCAAUGUACGUUGCAUUCGUCACUUUGUAUGCUCCUGUCGUGGCAUGGGUUAUCGAGAAGACUAAGUGGAUAAUGACGGGACGCUCCUUCCCUGCUACCUCCAUCAAAUUGCAAAGGAAGGUUUGUCCUGUCCUUUUGGCAUGGGGCUGGAAGGAUUGGGCAGCUCAAUUGGACACCUGGGCAGGAGCUGAGUUGUGGGACGAGGCUGCUGUAGCUAUUUGCUUGACUGUGGUUGUGGUUGUGCUACAGACGAUUCCUGUAUACAUCCAAGCUAAGCGAGGAGUUGCAGCUGGUGGCAGUGAAGACAGGCUAAUUCGGCGGAUUUUCAUUUUCCCCAGCAGCAUGAUGCUUACACUUGGAUAUGUUUGGAACCUUGUUGCCACUUGGUUCGUGACCCAAGUGCAGGACCAGUACCAUCGUCCUACAGAUGAUCCCGCGUACGCUUAUCAGUUUAUGGUUCAGGCCACCUACACAGUGGUUCUUGGAAUCCUAGUUGCUGUUUUCAGUGUUCGAAUUCUUCUGGCCAGAGCGGAGUCGAAGCAUGUUAGUGUUGACAGCCAUUGGGAUGGACCCGGUCAAACAGCGUGGAGCGACGUCGCUCUCAGCACCAUGUCAUUUGUUUACGCAUGGGCGGUUUUGGAUUCUUGUGACGACUGGGGCUUUGGUUUGAUGUUUAAUUGCACGAGCCCAACGGUCUGUUCAUAUCAAAGCAAUUUCGUAUACUCUUGCUGCGUGACGGUUUGUUUUGCCAUUUGUGCGAUAACGCUCAAUAGAUGGCAGCAGUUCGAAGAGAGGCCGAUGAUCACGACGAUGAUCGGGCUUCAAAUCAACGCGAUGAUCCUCACAGUCGGGUGGGCUUGGAUGAAUUUCUACACGGUCUUCAUGUCGAGUGCUACUCAGCAGACGAGGGCUAGCACGGCCUUUGCUGUCCACAUUUUGGUGCUUAAUAGUCAUCAUCGUUUUCACGUCAAUCGUGAUGUACGCGCUCGAGAGCAUACGGAGAGACCAGACAUCCCGCUCGAGGCAGCAAAUCGACGCCCUGGAGGCCAUCGGGCCCCAGGCUCCCCCCCGCCUCCCCGGGGAGACGGACGGCAGCUUCCAGGCGAGGUGCCUGGAGAGCGAGGCUCGCUACAAGUCCUGCGACGAGAGCCUGCCCGCCGACAACUCCCUGAGCGCCUGGCCGAGCGCACCGGCGGAGGUCGAGGCAUGCCGCUGAACGGUCUGGCGCCUCCCAGCAGCCUCGGCGCCCGAGAGGCCUGCGCGCCACGCCCCAGGAGCGCCCGAGCAGUCUGAGCCGUCGGGGGCUCGGGCCCCUCAGGGCACUGCAGCCUCUCGGCCUCUCACGGCUGCUGCACGGCGUGACGGGGCCCGGGGAUGCUCCAUUUGCGUUCCGCAGUUCGCGUUGGCGGGUGCUCGCCAGUAGUCCUCCACCCCAAGCGACGUCAGACAGUCCUGCCAGCCUCACCAUGCGCUCUUCUGCCCCCCGUCCACUGACACUCUCCCAUGCUCGCCUCUUUACGCUCGCCUCUUUUGCAGGCACUCCUCCCUCACUUUCCCGAAAUCGCCUAGACAUGCGACGUCGUGAAAAACACGACGUCGUGAAAGAGACGAUUGCCGCGCUCACUCCCAUCUUUAUGCGGGAGCUCUGAAGCCCGAUUAGCUGUGCGCUUGAUGAUGUCUCUGUGCUUGGUUGGUGUCGAAGUGGCCGAGGGCUCAGUCCAACCAGCAUUCAUCGGAGCCAUUGCCAAACAAUGAAUGCUCUGGGGGCCACCGUUCCUCGUGCUGGGGCCUGCCGAGCGACAGGGUCAAGGCGUCGCCCGCCCGGCCCUCGUCCCUGCUGCCCGUCGCAGCUUUUCCCUGCUCCACCUUGUGAGCUGUCCGCCUCUGCUGUGCCGGCAGCUGCGCUGGCAGCUGCGGGCGGGCUCGCUUGUGGCACAGCAAUCGGAAGAGAAUGAUCAGACGCGCUAUUUGGAAGUAUCUAGACGCCUGAACUGAGUCUGCUCUCAGCGCUCGGGCUGAAAAACUAAUCGUGCUCUGCUCAUGACUUGUAGAGCUUUUCUAAGAGCGUUAGCGGCGAAGCUACUCGCUUCUGGACCCCAAGUUUCGGUGCGGGCUGCCGCAGCGUGAGGGCUCUGCGGCCAGCUCCUCCGCCCAUGGUGCGGAGCUCCGCGGGCCAUCGCCAGCUCCUCGAGCUCUUCGUGGAAGCGUCCCUCUCGUGCUGGGCUUCAGUUCUCGUCGCCCAAAAUUAACAAUUUGCCGACGAAGAAUUGUU